AUGGAUCUAUGCUUUGUUACAGAAAAUGUGGGCAAGUUAAAGAAGCUAGAAUAUUUAAAUGUUGCUUUGAACAAUAUUGAAAGAAUUGAAAAUCUGGAAGGCUGUGAAGAACUGAAGAAGCUUGACCUGACAGCAAAUUUCAUUGGUGAACUGUCCAGUGUCGAAACCCUAAAAUAUAACAUACAUUUGAAGGAACUGUUUCUAGUGGGUAAUCCAUGCACUGAAUUUGAAGGUUAUAGACAAUUUGUGGUGGCAACACUUCAUCAAUUAAAAUAUUUGGAUAGUAAAGAAAUAGAACGUUCAGAGAGAAUUCAAGCACUUCAAUACUAUCCAGAAGUGAAACAGAAAAUCAGACAACAGGAACAAGCUUACCUUCUCAAAAGAGCCAAAGAAAAAGAAGAGGCUCAAAGAAGGAUGCGUGAAAGAAAGGAUAGGAAAGAAAAACAAAUGGAAGCUGAGCUUGGACUUGACAGACCAGACUCCCUACAAUACAAAGAAAAUCAGAAAGAAGGAGAACAACAAAUGUGGAGAACAGCUGAAGAUGAUGAAGAAGACAGAAGAUUUUGGGAGGAGCCGACACCAUAUACUCCAGAAUCUAGAUUAGAAACUCACAGAUAUAUUGAAGAAAAAAGGAAAGCUAGAGACAAUAUAAGAGGAUCAAAAACGAGAGAGAAGCCUCUUCCAAAACUGGUCACUGAAGAAGGAAAAAUUCUGAAUGUCAAUAUGCCUAAGCUUCAUUUCUCUUUGAAAGAUGAUGAAGAAAACAAUCAGUUAAUCUUGGAUCUUGCUGUUUACAGACAUCUGGACACUUCUCUGCUUGAUAUUGAUGUCCAGCCAACUUACAUACGAGUUCUGGUGAAAGGAAAGACAUUCCAAUUAGUGCUCCCUGAGGAAGUGAAGCCAGAUAGCAGCUCUGCUAAAAGAUCUCAAACAACUGGUCAUUUAGUUGUCAGCAUGCCAAAGGUUAAAGAAAUAAUCCUGGCUAAGCAAAAAUCAUCAACUUCAGUCAAACCUUCUGACAGCAACACAAUAUACAAAAAAAGCACAAGAAGCAGACCAGUUGAGAAAUUAGAAGUGGAUCCUAAUAAAUAUUCUUUCCCAGACGUGACGAAGAUAAUCCAAGAAAAGGAACGAAUUGGACGAGGACCUAUUAAGCUACAGCCAGAGAAGAUUACGGAGACAAUGAAAAGCAAAGUUGAUUUUGAAAAUAAUGAAGAAGUACCUCCCUUAAUUUGAAACAUUUCUUAUUAGUCUCUCUGUUUGUAGUCUGAAUACCUGAGUUGUUUUCAUGAUCCUAUGCGUAGAGUAUUAUCUGGCUGAAGUUGGAAAUGUCAUUACAGUUCUUACUAUAAACUUUGUUAUGCCUCUCUAUUCUGGUGUAUUUUCUGUAAGUGUGUUGCUUAUAUAAUUUUUUUUCUUUUCUAGUUUGUUUACUCUGUAAA